AUGCCUACUAAGCGACCGGUGCCUUUGAGUGAUGCGGCUCUUGGGCAUAAAGGUGACACCAGCAAUGAGCUCGCAAUAGGCGAGACGAAUGCGGGUGUGCCGCUACCAGUAAAGAACACUUUCAUUGAUAUGCCAUCUGGUUUGACGCCGGUAAACUCUCCGAGCAAGGAUGCUCACCCGUCGAGCACAGCACCUGCACAGGUCCAUCUGAGGGAAGGGUGGGUUGACAGGGCCAUUGACCGGGGGACCCUGGAUGCUGUGGAAGAAACCGUAGAUUCGCCCGCCAAUGUCUCCAACAAGCCAGGUGUCUCCGGCCUGUCAUCGACAACUGCUGCCCAACGGCCUGGAAGCUUCGCGGCGAGUGCUCCACUCAUGACGCCUUCGCCGACUGGCCAGUCGAUGUUUGGGGAAUCGAGGUAUCAGCUCUUUGGGGGGCCACCGCCUCCUAUCCAAGAAGCACUUGGACCACCUCCGGGCCCUGAGCUGGGCCAGCCUUGUCGGCAGGGUGCUCCCACCCCGGGCCUUGGUGACCCUUCGGACCCGCAUCGGCUGCUGCUAUCAGUGCCUCCGCCUAGUCAGGCACCUCCUCCGCAACAUCAUCUUCCGCCAUUGUAUGCUGGAGGUUUCGGCGGAGCCCCACCCUAUUACGAUUACAACUUCCUUGGACCCCCAGGAGCACGAAUAUCCGAGCCUUUUGGAGUUCAAGACUUUGCUCGCCGGAAUUCGCUGGAAAAAGACAGUGAUGACGACGACGACUCAGAGGCCGAGCGACGACAGGCGUUGCUGGCAGCUGCCGGCAUGACCGUCGAGAAUGCACCCAAGCCGCCACCUGGGGCGGAACACCCGUCACUGGGAUCAGCUUUUCACGACAAUGGGAGCUGCAAAAGAUGCUGCUUCUUUCCGCGAAACAGGUGUCUGAAUGGGUACGAAUGUGAAUUUUGCCACUACGAGCACGAGAAGCGGAAGCGAAAAAACAAGAAGAAUAAGAAGAAAAAGGCUGGCGAACAUGCGGAGGACUACUACUCGGCCGAUGCUGUUUCACACAUGCCUGACCUUGGUUGGCAGCCGGCACCGGCACACCAUGCGCCACCCUUGCCCUUGCCGCACCCGCAAGCCGUGCCACCUGAAUAUCCCGAGUAUGUGGAUGGACCGCUGACAUACCAGUGGACCGAUGGCACGGUUGGGCAAACCCCUCCGCCCCCAAUCAUCCCAGGCUAUGAACGUCUGGUGACUGUUGCAGUCCAAAGGGUGCAAAGAGCCACGGCGCCUCAUAGGGAAGGACCUGCGCUCGCCACAAAUCCGCCACCGAACCCCAACCAGUAUGAUGCCUAUGACCGCACCAGCCCCGCUUAUCAUCCCUACGACGUUCCAGCAGCCCGGCCAGCAUACCGUCACCCGCACCCUGCACACCACCCGCACACCCUGCCACCUCCACAUGCGCAUCCACAUGCCCCACACCCAUUGCCGGUACCGGUGCAUGGCCUGGACCCGGCUGCAGCGCCCUGGCACCCCCCACCAUUCCCAUCAGCAGCAAGCAAUGGCGCGGUGAGCCCCGACAUCAUGUCCUACCCCCCACCAUCGCAGCCCCUUGAAGAUCCCAGGCCGCUGGCCACCAUUGAGGAGGGCAUCCAAGAUCCAAGGCCCUUCGACUUGCUGACCGCCCCAGGCCCACAGACCCCGCAGCCUGGAAAGCCCAGCGACUCGCCCAGCGAAAAGCCCAGCGACAAACCCACAAAGCCCCUCGUGGCGCCCAUCACACCUAUCAAGGUGGAGAAAGUCGCUGGCCAGGGAGAUGGCCCCAAUAUGCCUCCACCUGACCAGUCGCCGAAACUGAGCAACGACUUAAUGGCAUCCCUUCAGCAGGAUCCGCCCCCACCUGAUGAGAGCCCCACGUGA